AUGGGUGACCAGUGUACUCUGCGCUUGGUUCGAGAAUUGAGACAAGUCGAACGCGGUGAACAAUUCGCUUUCACCGUUCGCUAUGAAGAAAGCAACAUGCGCGAUAUCCAGGCCAUCAUCGUUGGGCCUCCGGGUACUCCAUAUGAGCUCGGCUUUUUUGAGUUCUCUAUCAAAAUUCCCCCAGACUAUCCAGCCAACCCGCCUACAGUGAAGAUUAAGACGACCAACAGAGGCCGAACGCGUUUCGGCCCCAAUCUCUACGCCAAUGGCAAAAUCUAUCUUAGGCACUACAGAACAUGGCAUGGUGAUCGGAGAGAGCAAUGGUCGCCUGCACAAGGACUUGAAUCAGUUUUGCUUUCGAUCCAAAGUCUACUAUCGGCAAAUCCAUACACCCUCGAGCCGGGAUUCGAACAACCCGACAGAGGGAAUGACACUGAGAAUAUGGAAAUUUACAAGUCCAAGAUCCGACACGAGAGUCUUCGACUGGCGGUAAUCGCACCACUCGAACAGGCAUUCCAGAAUUCAUCGCCACGAACACAGUCUAGAGUGGUCCAGAAAUCGGAAACCGACGAGGAGAGUGAUAGUGAUGAAGAAAUUGAUCUUCCCGUCCAGACCAAAUUCGAUGACUACUACAAGCGCCGCUUCUUGUGGUAUCUUGAAUUUUAUCAGACCGCCAUCGACAAAGGCAUUGCCGAUGAAGGGAGAAGACAGGGUGACCCAUUCAUCUCCAUGCCAUUUGAAGGCAUUGGUAACACCAUGUCGGGGUCGUGGGACUAUGGUGGCCUGAAGAAUCGCUUAUCGAUUCUUCAAGACAAGCUGAUGGAAGAGACACACCAAUGGCCUGUCGAAGGCAUGGCUUUGGUCAAGGAAGAUGCUGGGAUUGCGGUCAAGCUGCGGGGCCAACAUGGACAGAUCCUCGCUGAGCUGGACACCAACCCCCAAGUGAUCGAUUUGUCACUGGCUGACGAGAACCCGUUCCUGUGGCAACUCACCUAUGUUGGUCGCAAUGAGUCCAGACUUGAAGGUGGUAUCAUCAAGAUCAAAAUAUACAUCAGCCCACGACACCCGGAAGAGCAACCUCGCGUAUUUGUCGACCCGCCCAUUUAUCAUAUCCGCGUAUCAAAGAUGGGCGUGUUGAUGUAUCUUCCCUCGCAUGCGGAAGAAAUUGGUCAACACGUUGAGGGUAUUAUAAGUACCCUGGAAGAAGAUAACCCGCCUUAUAACCCGCUCAUGUCGGUGAACCCAGACGCAACUACACUUUUUUGGGGCACCGAACUCGAGCGUAGGCUCUACAGGCGCAAACUUCGGGCCUCUUUGGAGGAACCAGGAAGAUAA